AUGCAUGGGCUCACAGAAUCUACGGUCUUGGAAGCUAUUGAUACGCUGAACAGCACUGACCUCACUUCCGGUCUCGCAGUUGGCUACCAAAUCGCGGCACGAGGCGUGCACCAGUCUACAACCGACCAGAGUGAAGAUUGA